UUCUUCAUCUCACAUUCAUCAUGAUUCAUCUUCUGGUGAUGCUGUCGCUUCUCUCUGGUGGUUCGACUAAAGUUGUGCAGGAUUUCCAAACGGAAUGUGGUAAUUUUUUUAUUAACAGAGUAACACCAACAGUACUUAAUGGACCUCAGUACAAACAGAUCUGCCAGACUCUAAAAAACAAACAAUAUUUUGCCACGCUUUAUGAUACCACAAACAAGAUCCCUGUGUACUCAGCCUAUGUGUUUGAAGGGUUGAUAGACUGCAAAAGACAAAACAACUGGUACAUUGAACCUCAGCUUGAGAAUAAUAAUGCAGAAAACAACAUGGGACCACAGGGCAGCCUUGUUUUAAACAACCAAGCUUCCAAUAAAGACUAUGAGAAGAAAGGCUUUGAUAAAGGACACUUGGCUCCAGUCUAUCAAGCAAAUUCACAGGAAUGUGCUGAUGCCACAUUCACUCUUACUAAUGCUGCUCCUCAAUAUGGAUCAUUUAACAGAGGUCAAUGGAGAAAGAUAGAAAAGAAUGGCAUUAACUGCGGAAAAAAAAUGUGAGGCUAAUACUGCUUUCAUUGUAACAGGUGUUGUACCAGGUACUACAAACAUAAACAAUAGAGUAAGAGUACCUAGUCAUUUCUGGACCGCAUACUGUUGCAGGGAGAUCAAAACAAACAGACUAAUCU